AUGGCCACAUUGGGGCUUGUUCCUGGAUGCAUCCUUAUUAUCGGAAUCGGAGCCCUGACCACCUACACCGGGUACGUGCUUGGGCAAUUCAAGCUACGCUAUCCUCACAUCCACAACAUGUCCGAUGCGGCCGAUAUCCUAUUCGGUGCUUGGGGGCGCGAGACAGUCGCGGUGGCACAGAUAAUCUUUUUCAUCUUCCUGAUGGGUGCCCACAUCUUGACCUUUUCAAUCAUGAUGAAUACCCUAACCGACCACGCCGCUUGCACGAUCCUAUUCUGCCUGGUGGGCGGGAUUCUCUCUUUCGUUCUUACUCUAUCCAGGCGUCUGCAGGAGGUUUCAUACCUAGGGAUAAUAUGUAGGACUUCGGUGUCAAUCUUUGUUGCUGUGGUUAUUACCGUCGUCGCUAUUGGCAUUGAAGCCCCAGAUCCAACAGCUCACGCUAUCCAACACCCCACUCUCCUCUCUGGUGUCUCAGCUUCACUGAACAUUGUUAUUUCCUUUUCCGGCCAUCCAGCAUUUUUCAGCUUCCAAUCUGAACUCGCAAACCCCAAGGAUUUCACCAAAGCACUGGUCGCUCUGCAAAUCACCGACACUGCACUGUACCUCGUCGCCGCCAUUGUCAUUUACCGAUACGCAGGCGAGGGCGUUGCGAGUCCCGCACUGCUGAGCACCAGCCCAGUAGUUUCAAAAGUUGCCUUUGGCGUUGCUGUUGGCUCCAUUGUCAUUGCUGGGGUUAUAAUCGGCCACGUCGGCGCAAAAACAAUCUACGUGCGGCUUUUCCGAGGCACUAAUAAGAUGAACCAAAGAUCACUUGUCUCGUAUGGUACUUGGGUGGUUAUUGUACUCAUCAUGUGGACAAUUGCGUGGAUCAUCGCCAACGCCAUCCCCGUGUUUAAUGACCUUCUGAACCUCCUGGCUGCGGCCUUUGGCACCUGGUUCUCGUUUGGGCUAGAGGGUUUGUUCUGGCUGUAUAUGAACAAGGAGCUUAGGUCGGCGAAGAAAAUAGCGCUCGCGGGUCUUAAUAUCUUUCUUGUUCUCUUCUGCUGUUUCAUGUGUGGGAUUGGCCUGUGGGCGACAGGAACUGGCAUUUCGCUUAGUGCCAAGAGCGCCCAUGGCGCAUUCUCUUGUGCAGACAAUAGAUAA